GAAAGGUCAUGUGGUCCCAUGCGUAAUUCCUGAAUUUCAUCAGGAUCCGACUUCCGGAUCCGGAAAUAUAGGGUAAAGUGUGUUAAAAAUUGUAUACCAUCACUGAAAAGGACGAAAAACCGUAAAAAGUUUUCUAAAUCGACCUCAAAUCUUCUCCAAUUAAUAGUUUUUUAUCAGCAGACGGUCAAACAGACCGAUUUCGGUUAUUGUUUUUAGGAAUCGAAGAAAAUUAUUUUGAAGAAUAUAACAGUAUUAUAUAUGAUAGUAUGAUUGAUAUGAGAAAGGCAUCAUUACACCACUAGGUGGAUUAAAACAGGUUUUAUUGCAUUGCUUCAUAGAGUCGAAGCAAAGAUAUUGUAUUACAAUUCGUUGAUUGAAAGUCGAGCAAUCAGCCAAAUAACAUAGCGACUUUGAUCUGAUUUUUUAAGCUAAGCGAAAUUCAUGCUCUCUGUUCGGCGGACAAAAACUUCCGCGGCGAAGCGACCCGCUCCCAUCGUCAACAACUUUUGAUUUACUUUUCUUACAUACUUUGUCGAACGUGAAUAAAUUACGAUUUAAAAUCAAUAACAAAUUCUCAUGUAUAAAAUAUUUUGCCAUCAGAUCGAUAGGAGCAAUUUUUUCCAUCUUGAUUCACUUUUCUUCCCCAUUUGGGACGGUUCUGACGGAGACUAACCUUGCAACAUCAGCACGGAUAAGGCUUGAGUAGCUGUAAAUGUUUGUCAAGAAAAUAGCAGUAUGCAAACAUUCUCGUCCCUUUCCGUACCUUACACAGUGUGUAACACCUUCAUCCGGCUGAAGAAGACGAAGCUUUUGAUGGCUGUUCGAGCGUCGGAAAGUGCCAUCAGAGUUCAUUCAAAUAAAACACCACAAACGCUAGUCACUCUUCCUAAUAAACAAUCUACAAAACGGAAUGAAAAACUAUCCAAGAGAACUGAUUUUGCCGCGGAAACGGAGGACGGACCGAAUUUUACUGCUUGCAUUAUUAUCAACAGUUUUUUACGGUAUCAGUGAUGGUAGUAGUGCGGAGGUACGGGACUGGUGGCAGGAUACGGUGUUCUACCAAAUCUACCCACGUUCGUUCAUGGAUAGUGACGGUGACGGGAUUGGGGAUCUGCGUGGUAUCACGAUGAAACUGUCGCAUCUGGCGGAUGCUGGCAUUGGAGCAACCUGGUUGUCUCCCAUCUUCCUGUCGCCGAUGGUCGACUUUGGGUACGAUAUAGCCGAUUAUACCCGGAUUCAGCCGGAGUACGGCACGAUGGCGGAUUUCGAAGCGAUGGUCGUAGAAGCGACUCGAUUGGGAAUUAAAAUUGUGCUCGAUUUCGUACCCAAUCACAGCAGUGACCAGUGCGAGUGGUUUCAACGCUCCGCUGCCCGGGAUCCCCAGUACGAGGAUUUCUACGUGUGGCACGAUGGCAAAAAACGAACGGACGGAGCCAAUCCUGAUCCACCGAAUAACUGGCAAUCGGUCUUCUACGGCUCAGCUUGGACGUUUCAUCCGGGACGGGGCCAAUUUUAUCUGCAUCAAUUUACCAAGGAACAACCGGACCUGAACUUUCGCAAUCCGGCGGUAGUGGAGCGGAUGAAGGAAGUGAUGCGUUUCUGGCUGGCCAAAGGUGUUGCUGGAUUCCGUAUCGAUGCCGUCAAUCACCUGUUCGAGGUGGAAGACUUCCGGGACGAACCGGAGACGGGCACGGAUCGGGAUCCGCUAUCGUACGGAUUUACUCAUCACUACUAUACGAAGGAUCUGCCCGAGGUCUACGAAAUGGUGUACGAAUGGCGCAACCUGCUGGAUGACUGGAAGCUAACACACGGCGGUCCCACCCGAAUAAUGAUGACUGAAGCGUACGCCAACAUUACCUUCACGAUGAGGUACUACCGAUCGGCGGAUGGCACUCGUAGCGGGUCGCAUAUGCCGUUUAAUUUUUUGCUAAUUACCGAUCUGAAUGCGGCAUCAAGUGCACAGGAUUUUGUGUUCACGAUCAACAAGUGGCUAACCUACAUGCCUCGUGAUCAGGACGCCAACUGGGUAAUUGGAAACCACGAUCAGUCACGGGUUGGAUCGCGGUACGGCACGGAACGGAUCGAUGCGAUUAACGUGUUACUGAUGACGCUACCGGGAAUCGCGGUUACGUACUAUGGCGAAGAGAUUGGGAUGGUAGAUUAUAAGGAUAUUCCUAGGGAAUAUUUACAGGAUCCGAUGGCGGCAAAUACUAACAAAGAGCUGUACAUGGAUUUUUCGCGUGAUCCGGAGCGGACUCCUUUUCAAUGGGACGACGGCAUCGAUGCUGGAUUCUCAACGGCAAACAGGACUUGGCUGCCGGUGAACCCAAACUAUAAAUGGUUGAAUUUGAAAAUGCAACAGGAAGCGGAGAAAAGCCACUACAAAGUUUAUCAACAGUUGGUGAAGGUCAGACGACAUGAAACAUUGAGACGGGGAUCUAUCCGAUUGAUUGCCUAUAACGAUCAAAUAGUAACAUUCGUCAGGGAGUAUCGCAAUCACGACACAUUCGUUGUUAUUGUAAAUUUAGGUCCUGACCAGCAACUGGUGGAUUUGACGCUGUUUCCUCGGCUUUCAGAACAGCUGUCAGUGGUCGUGGCAUCAUCCAUUUCCAACUUCAAAGUCGGAGAUACGGUUCGCAGCGAUGGUGUUGUGGUAGGAGCUUACGAUGCCUUGGUCCUGCUUGAAAGCACGGCCAGCCAGUCUCGAUUGCCAUUCGGCAUUGCUUUUCCGCUUUCCACCGUACUACAGUCGACAAAGGACACAUUCGUAAUUGCUUCAAUAAUGAUUGCACUCACGGCCGGUUGUUACCAUUUCUAUCGCCGUGGAGGGGGAAUCGCUGCCAGGACGACUUCGUCAUCGUUUUCGUCGCCGCCGUCGCACUCCCUCGGCCGGAGUGGGUGGAUCGGUGGGCGCAAGUUUGUCUUCAGUUUGUGAAAAGUGUGUCGAGCGGUUGUUACGCGUAAUAGGGUGCAGUUUCUGGAUUGAGCGGUUUAGUACUAGUACACAAUAACAGGAUGAGGUUACACGUGGCGUUCUGGAUGAACACCUGCGGCAGGAUGUUUUUGACCUGUGCUGAUGAGGAGGAAAUGUGAGUGCCGUCAGAGUCGCGGUUCCGGAAUGGUUAGGAUACAGAGUGAGACGUAGAGGAGAACUGCGAGAAAGCGGAAAUACGGAUGUAUUUCAUCAUGGAGUGUGUUUUUGAUCGAAAAUUAAUAAAAUUUGCAAUAUGAGGGAUGUCUAUUUCUAAAUAAAAUUCUUGUAAUAAAAUUUUUAACUUUU